UUUGUUACUUCCGGUCAACGUCUCCUCCCUUUCCGGCUUGAACUUUUCAGGAAGUUGGAAGGGGAUAAAAUUUCUGAAAACAAAAGUUUCCUCUCUUUGCGAUUCUUUGAGAAAAAUGGCCGAGUCGCCAGAGGAUUUGAAGAAAACAUUGUCAGAGGUAGAGCAGUUUCUGGAGAAGCUCAGUAAAGAGAAAUUGGGCAAGGAUGCUAAGAAGAAGAGAGAAGACAUCUUGAACAAACUGAAAGAUCUCCAGGAACAGAAAGGCAGUGAUGAAGAUUCAGGAGAUGUUUAUGAGCAGACACAAGACGAAGAUGAGACUUAUGAGGACGUCACCUCUGUGAGGACCUCUGAUGACAGGAGCCAAUCUGUCUCAUCACUGACAGAAGGGCCAUAUGGAGAUGUGGAUGAAACAAUCCCUAUAACACCUGCACCAAACAUCUUUGAACCUGAUUUUGCUGCUUACAUGGAAAAAAAGAGGAAAGAGGGACCACUGAAGCUGUCUGCCUGGCAACGUCGCUGGGUGGUCAUUAAAGACAACAUCAUGUUCUACUAUGAGAAGCACACAGACAAGAAACAGAGAGGCGCUGUUCGUUUAGAGGGUUAUGAAAUCAAGAAAGCCGAUGACCUUGAGUCAGCCCCCAAGGUCGACCGAAAGAAGAAGGACCUUUACUUCCAACUGGUCAAGCCUGGCCAAAGAGUGUAUCAGGGUUCUAAGAAGGAACAGAAGAGUCGAGGAGAAGAAGAGAUACUGAAAUUCAUUGCCUCAAGCCAGGAAGAUCUGAAAUUCAUGGUCCACACAAUCCACAAGAUCACCCCUCCUGCAAGCAAACCUCAGGACACAGAAGCGGACGAUGUUUACGAAGAUGCCACCUCCGCCAGGGCUGAGGAAGAGAAUCCUUAUGAGGUAACCGAUGCGAAGAUGCAAGACCCCCCGGCGGAAGAACCUAUCGUAGAAGAAGACGUGUAUGAUGACACCAUGUCGCCUGAAGACGUUUACGACGACACUCUCUCCCCCAACCAGCCUGCAGCUCCAAAACCGGUUGAAACAAAACAGGAACCAGAAGAACCAGAACCUGAUGAUGAGGAUGUGUAUGAGGACACCAUGUCUGCCAGUCAAGACCAUGGUCAAACUCCCACACUGCCGCCAAGGCCUGGGGAAACCUCGCACGACAAACCUCUACCAAAGAGGGACCUGCCUCCGCCACCACCUGACCCAGUAGAGGACAGCCCCUCAGGAGACCAACCAUCUCCAUCAAGGCGGGAACUCCCCCCUCCUCCUGAGAAUGGUAGCUCCUCAGGAGACAAGCCUCCGGUACUUCCCAGACGGGAAUUGCCCCCUCCCCCUACAGGAGACAGCCCCCCUCCCUCCCCAGCAAGGAGAGAGUUACCCUCACCACCAUCACAGCAAAAUCACACCCCACCGUCACCCAAGAAGCACGUCAUUACGGUGCCUCUGCCUGAAAACGACCUGCCCAACAUGUACAUGGCACUGUGGGACUGUAGCGCCAACACUGUUCAAGACCUCACGUUCAAACGGGGCGACCUGAUCCAAGUGGUGAGCCGAGAGUACGAGUCCUUCAGUUGGUGGGUGGGGUUUCUGGAUGGCAAGGUUGGGCUUGUACCCAAGGACUAUCUCAUGCAGGCAUAUGAAAUAUAAUCUGUAUAGAAAUAAGUCAUAUUACCAAUACUACUACAUAAGAUGGUGAUCUGAAGUUGUUGCAAUAUAUUAUUACUCAGAAUUACUGAAAGCUAACUCGAGAAAUGUGGGAUUGAAACGUUAUUCCUGUACAUUUCCAUUUAAUAGUCACACACUUCUUACCGACCAAUACUAGCUAUUAAAAUCAGGACCAGCCUUACGGACUCAGCUGGCCAUUGUAAUUGUAAUAAUAUUUACCCACAAGUUAGGCUUCACACUAUGUGCAUGCAAACAGGAAAACAGAAUUAAUACACAUCUCAGCUGGCCUUCAAAAUUUCAAUAGAUGCAAUAUAAGAGUUGCUUUUUGUUAGUCAAAUUAUGUUUCAUCCUUGUUUGUCAGAAUUGGCUUACUGUUAAGUUCAUUAAAGCAUAAUAUACAAUUCAUAUAACACAAUGGUUCCCAUUAUAUUAGCCUGAUUUAUUCAAAGUAAUUUCUAUUUAUCACAGGCAGAGCCAACUUUGUUAUCCAUAGGAGGAACAGUACAUAGCAUGCUUUUCAAUUAUUUCCUAUUGACUGCCAAAUGAUUAGCAAUUGGUUUACUUACUCACAGGUAUAUGUAUCUAUAUUGAAAUAAAUUGGUAAAAAGGGUAUACAUGUAUGGUGGCUUUAUUAUAUCAGCCAAAUUACACGUGGCCAUCAGGUUUUUUUUCUAUUGUCUGUUUGUGCAUUUUCUUUGUAUGUCACAAACAAGUGUAGGAGCAUGAUCACAGGACUUCAGGUUAUUUGACCAAUCCCUUGAAGGUAAUACAUGUAUUUAUCUGAAUAUAACAGACCUUUGAGCAAAGUUGGAGUAUUGACAAAUCAUCUGAAAGUCACAGACAUGGAACUCUGUACACAAGAACUUUUAUUAAACAUAAAUACACAACUAAUACUCCAGAGAAAGGUGUGUCCCUAAAGAGCCAAAGCAUCAGUACAACACGUCAGUACCUAGUGUUCAAAAUGUACAAGCUGACAAAAAUUUAGACCCUCUGAGCUUGCAAGUAUUCCAGCAUAAGUGAUAAACUGUUUAUAACAGCCAACUUCUGCUGGCUAUAGUGUGUCACAUUAAUAUCAAGUAAUUAUGGGACAGACAUUAAUAGGAGCACAUACAUUACAAAAAUGUUUAUGAAAAAAGUUGUUCCACUGAUUAAAUGUUUCUGAAAGUUGUUAGGUAAGUAGAAAUGUUGUAGUACAUGUACUUUGCUGUCAUUACUUUUUGUAAGAAAGUGGGAAUUAAGCGACAAGCACAGCCUUUGUGUCCAAGCACUCCACACUCAAUAUAGUACACACCAAUACAGUUAGUUUGUUACAGUGAUUUUUUACAUGAGGGUGCCUGUACUGACAGGAAAUAACUCACUCUGAACUGCAAUAAAAUGGAAUAAGUCGGUUACUGGUCAUCUCGGGAGGUUAAUGUAAAAUGUUACAUGUUC